AUGGCAGGGUCAACCCUUUUAACGCCUGAAGAGCAGCGCAAGCGGGAGAUGAGGACUCUUAAACUUCAGUUCGGCUACGUUCUGGCGAGGAACAUUCCUCAGUCAGAUAUCCGAAAAUCUAGAGCUGUUUGGGACGUCGCGUUCGACUCUGACCACCGUCCAGUUCUUCUCAGCUUCAAGAUACGGUUCCACAAGAGAAACCGAGGAGUUCCUCUUCAACCGAAAAUCGACAUGGCAGGUCUGAAAGACGAUGAAUGCAGAAGAAAAUUCCGCCAACGUGUGUCUAUUCAUGUUGGAGUACGGACCAGGAAGAAGCUUAGCGAUGCGGAUUCCUUCACAAAGUGCAUCCAGGACGCUGCAAGGGAAACGCUCCCGGUUCUGUUGCCGCGGAAGAAGUUUGCCUUUGCAUCUGCGGAAACAAAAUCCACAUACAAUUCUGUAUGUGUCGCGCACAGCGCUGGUGACUUCAACCAGGAAAAGCGUCUUAGAAGGAAGCUGCGUCGUCAACUGCAACAAGACCGCGAUAACGAGUGGACGUCAAGAGCGAUGGAGUUUGAGAAGGCGUGGGAGGACAGGAACCUGCGGAAAGCCUACGCUCUACUAAAACAGUAUAGCGGCAAAAUGAAAAGAUGUUCCCAUGUCCUCAGCACUGCUAAUAAGGUAGCUGUCGGUAAAGCAACUUUUCCAAUUUGGAAGGAACACUUCAAGACCUUGCUGAACUGGCUAGCACCGUCAGCUCCUGAACUCGAACACGUUCAUAGACCGACAUAUGCGGUUAACGAGGAGCCACCGACCGAGUUGGAGGUCCUGGUCUGUAUUCAGAAAAUGAAGGAUGGAAAAUCUGGUGGAGACGACGGGAUUAGCGCAAAAAUGCUAAAAUAUCUUCCUCCGUCUGGGAUUCGUGAGAUGACAAAGAUCAUCCGUUCAAUAUGGAUAAACGAAAGGUUACCUGAUUCGUGGAGACACGCUAUCAUAAUUCCCCUCCACAAAAAGUUAUCCGUCAUGGACCCAAGGAAUUAUCGAGGAAUCUCUUUGCUGCGUGUUAUGUACAAGGUACUGCAGCGCAUUAUCCUGGACCGACUCAUUAAACAUCGCGAAGAAACAACGCGCGACGAGCAAGCUGGCUUUCGUCCUGGCCGAUCUACGACUGACCAGGUGUUCAUCGUCAGGAGAGUGAUCGAAAUCUGGCAGCAGUAUUCGAAGCCAAUGCAACUAGCGUUUCUGGACUUUGAAGCCGCGUUCGACUCUCCUCACCGAGGCCGUCUUCUCAACGCACUUCGCGCCGAUGGAGUACCAGGAAAGUUCGUUCGCUUGCUUGAUGACAUGAAUCAACGAACAAUUGCUGCAGUUCGAACACCAGCCGGAUGUACAGCACCGUCUGAAGUGGUAACUGGAGUAAGACAAGGGGCGGUGGCAGGACCCUUCAUGUUCAAUUUCGCCAUCGACGACAAUAUGCGAAGAACAGUCGACCAGUGUCCUGCCGACAUUGUCUUAGCACCAUCAGGGUGCCCCUUGACUGACCUCGAGUACGCCGACGAUGUUGUUAUAUUCGCGGAAAUCAGUACUAAACUUCAACAUGUUGACAACCUUGUAUCGAAGCUGGCUGCAGCCUACGGACUACGCCUACGCCCUGAUAAAUGCAAGCAGAUGUGGAUCUCUUCAAGACCUCGAACGGGAAUCAGGGUGGACGGACAACCGAUAAAACUCGUCGAUGAGUUCUGUUACCUGGGCUGUAUGCUGAAGAACAACGGCAGCUACGAGAGAGAUGUUCAGCAAAGAUGCGCUAAGGCCGCUUUUGCAUUUAACUCCUUAACGAAAUGUCUGUGGUCGACCCCCAUCACCAACGAAGUCAAGCUGCGAGUCUACCUAUCCGCAAUUCGUCCCAUCAUGAUGUACGGAUCGGAGACUUGGGCAGCACCAUCAACGGUUAUGGAGAGGCUUGACUGCACGGAACGAAAGCUGCUUAGACGGCUACUUGGCUACUUUUGGCUUAGGGUAUGCCACAAUGAAGAUCUUUACGCAGAAAUUGAUGUGGUUUACCGGCGGAUGACACGUGGAAGAUAUCAACAUCUUGCACCGCCUUCGAAAGCGGCUAAAGUAAAUCGUCUUCGCUUCUUUGGUCAUAUAUUAAGGAGACCGGCAGAUCGCCUUGUCCAACGAGUUCUGAAAAUUUCGUCGGGUUCGAGCUGGAAGAAGCCACCUGGCCGAGAACGGAAGUUCUGGACUGAGGUAGUAAAAGAGGACCUGAGGACACUCGGCGUGGAUAGGCAGUUCAGGCGAGACGUAAGGUUUCGCAGAACAUGGAAUAAUGACGAAUGGAUUGAUUCUGUGCAAGCUCUCGCAGAAGAUCGAGAAGGUUGGGCAGAGCUGUGUUUAAGGACGGCACACCUCGGCGAAGAUGCGGGUAAUCGCGUCAGGCGAUGA